GACAGCCUGGAUAGACUGUGAGACCCCAAAGGCCACAGAGAGACAUCCCUGAUAGGCAGGCGAUUGCCUGGACGUGGAGCGCGGGGACAGACGGCGUGUAUACGGGGGUCGUUCCCAGCGCCAUCCUGGUUCGCAUCAAGAGUCUUCCCGGCCUCCUCACUCUGAUCUCAGACCGUCCAUCAGGGUGCGGGAUGGUGACAGAGGAGGGCACCGAGUGGCUCCUCUCGCUCCUCAGAGAGGUCCAGCUCGAGCAGUUCUACCCCAAGGUCCGGGAUGAGCUGAACGUCACCCGGCCGGGGCACUUCGACUACGUGAAACCCGUGGACCUGGACCAAAUUGGCAUGGGGCGGCCAGGACAGAGGAGAUUAUUCGAAGCCUUAAAGAGGAGGAAACCGCCAGUUCGUCCCAAGUCCUGGAUGUACAAGAUGUUCUCGGCGAGAGGGCCGGACCAGGCGGAGUGCCCCCAGUAUCCGGACAGCCCCCAUUCCCCGUCCUCCCCGCAGAGCGACCCCGAAUGUGCCCUGAAAUGUCUGAUUAACGAGCGCGACCUGAGCCUCUACGAGCGCCUGGGGGACGGCUGCUUCGGGGUGGUGCGGAGAGGAGAGUGGAGAGUCCCGAGUGGGCGGAGUGUGAGCGUGGCGGUGAAGUCCCUGCGCGCAGACGUCUGCUCUGAUCCAGAAGCGCUUCGAGACUUUCUCCAAGAAGUGAACUCCAUGUACGCUCUCGAUCACCCCCAUCUCAUCCGGCUGUAUGGCGUGGUACUGACCCAGCCGCUAAAAAUGGUGACGGAGCUGGCCACGCUCGGCUCUCUCCAAGACACUCUGCGCUCUCGUUACGGCUGCUUCCCCCUGCAGCUGCUGUGGACGUACUCCCUGCAGGUCGCCUCCGGCAUGAGUUACUUGGAGUCUCGGAAGUUCAUCCACAGGGACCUGGCGGCCCGGAACAUUCUGCUGACCAGCGAGGAGGUUGUAAAGAUUGGAGAUUUCGGACUCAUGAGGGCGCUCUCUAGUCACAGCGACCAUUAUAUCAUGUCUGCCCACCGGAAGAUACCCUUUGCAUGGUGCUCCCCCGAAAGUCUGAAGAUCGGGACGUUUUCUCACCCUUCGGACGUCUGGAUGUUUGGGGUCACCUUGUGGGAGAUGUUCACGUACGGGCAGGAGCCCUGGCUGGGACUGAGCGGGAGACAGAUACUGAUGAAAAUUGACCGAGAGGGGGAACGCUUGGAGCGUCCAGAAGAUUGUCCUCAGGCUCUGUAUUCGGUCAUCGCCAAGUGCUGGGCCCAUCGACCAGACCACCGACCGAACUUCCACAGCCUCAUCACCAUGUUACAGGAGGCCCGGCCGCCAGAGGUCAGAGCUUCUCAAGAGGUCCACGACCCAGCCUGGUUGCGUCUAGAGGCUGGUGAUGUUAUCACAGUCAUCGAAGCGGGAUCUGAUUCUCACUCCUGGAGGGGCCAGAACAGACGGACCCUGAAGGUGGGGCCCUUUCCUGUGUCUGCUAUCUACCCGGAGGAUCUGGCUCAGGUCCGGGGCUCGGGGCACUUGUCCGGUAGCCUGGCGCAGCUGUUGCUGGGUGAUGGAGAAGCAGAGAAUGAGAGGGGCAGAGGAAAGGAGGCUGCGCGCAGAGGACUUGUGCCAACAUCUGGGGUCAAACUGCUUCGGAUGCAAAGACUCUCCAAAAGCCUCGAGUCCAUCUCGGACUUCUCUCUUCAAGGCCCCCAGAACCACGGGCCUCCACCCAAGAGCCGCGUCAGAGACCUCGAGAGCAUUUUGCCCGGCGAACCGACGCCGCGUAGAAUGAGCGACCUACCCCCACGGCGCGUUCUUGCCCACAUUCGCAUGCCGGUGCUCCCCAAACCUAAACCCCCCUCUUCCAAGGACAGGUUCCUCCCUCUGCCCCAUGCAGAUUACCCUCCGCACCCAAUGGUUCGGGUUAAUAAGGAGAAGAUAUCUGCUUCUACCCCUCUUCUGUGUGGUGGAGACACCGGGGCGGUAUCACGACCCCCGCUGGGGGUUUCUCUGUCUGACGGCGGAUCUGCAGGCAAAGGCGGCGGGCAGCGAGGAGUCGGGGAGAGUGAAUUUCAGAGGAAGGUGAAAGAGGUUGAGGAUCGAGUCCACGGUGCGACCACCGAGGAAAGCCGGGAAGCUCUCCGUGUCCACGCCGGGGAUGUCACGCGGGCCGUUCAGGCUCUUAAGGUGGAGCAGCUGUACAACGUGAGCCGCCACACCAAAGACGAUUGUCGCCGGAUCCUGGAUAAGUGUCAGUGGAACCUGGAGGCCGCUUCCCGCUACGUUCUCCGCCGCGCACAUCUCCAGUGAACCCCACGGCGGAGCUUCGUUUGUAUAUUAACUCAUUACGUGCCUUGCUCCUGGUCCGCGACCUUGUGGCGUCCGGUACCAUUUUAGGUCUGCUUUACACGGUGGGAGGUGCUGGCCACUCUCCUGAUGACCGACUGGGCAAUUGGAGGAGGUGAAGGUGCCAACCUGGGCCUACCUCAGAUAUUCUGAACGAUUUGUGGGGACCACGCUCAGGUUGGACGGCGUGAGCUUCUGUCUGAUGCUCACCAAAGAUGGUGACGAAAGGCGCUGGUGUGUCAGAUAUCGGUGAGCAGAGAAAAUGGCGGACAAUGGUCCCAAACUGGGGGUUGUGUCUGUAACUGGACACGGCUAUAGAAGUAAUUUUUGGGGCUUAACAAGACUUUGUCCUCCUUUGUCUUGGGGCCACCUUUUCUUAUUGAAAGCCCGUUAGGUGUCCUGGGUGUGAGCCAUUAGAAAGGGAAUCCGCCAACAGAGAGGCUCAUGUGAUACACGAUGGUGGCACCAAAGGCCGACCCAAAAAAGGCUGUUCUGUACAUGCGUGUCACGGGCCACGCAGACCUCAUGAAGACCAAUGUUCUGUCCUCCGGUACUCGAUAAUACGAUGUGUCAUAUGGGGCCUUUUUGGCCCCCGCUAGACAGUAAAGAUUUACUUUCACUAUUAACCCUGCGACUGCUGGUGGAAUCCAGGAUCCGGCCGCAGACCGUGCCGUAAACAUUCCAUGAUCUAUACCCUCCCUGUACUAUAUAUGUAUAUAUCUGUAUUUUCCACAUAUAUAAAUAUUUUAAACAUAA